AUGACGGCUUCUCUCUUGCGACUCUGCGCUGUUGACCGUUGCCGCUCCCUAUUUCAGUCUCAUGACUAUUUUGAUUAUUUGACACUGGUCCACUACCGAGCACCUGUCGCCCGCGCCCGCCUGCGGCGUCGCAGCACCAUCAGGGCUCCAUCCACUCGUUUGCUCGCUCAAAAGCGCCGCCGCUUUACGCCCAGCGGCAGCAGCAGUCAUUCGCUUCAGAAACUCGAAACUCGCAUGGCCUCGCAGCAGGAGGUCCGCCGUCGGUAUCCGGGUGCCGACCGCACUGCCGCCGAGUCGAUUGUCGUUGCCAUUCCCACUCCCACCACCACCAGUACAACCAUCACGCCGGCCACCGUCCCAGGGAAGGCCCAUGGGAUGGCGUUGGAAGCGAGCGGAAUAUCACAACAAAGCCGCGGCAGCGUCAGCGGCAUCGACGCAAGCAUGAUUUCACAGCAGCAGCCGCCGCCGCCGCCGCCGCCUUCCUCUUCUAAAGACAUCGGUCCCAGCACUCAACUGUCCCGGUCCGACUCUACCUCGUCCCGCAUCACCAACCGUCUCUCUCUUACCCUACCGAUUGCUCCGCCGACAAGCGACCCGUCCCGGCCGGCCUCCAUGUCGACGGCCGCCGCCACGUCGAUGCCCAUGAGAGCCCCCGAGAAGCCCGCCGCGAGCUCACCCACUGAUGCCAACGAGUUUAUAAUAGCAAUUGCCGCUCAGGAGCGUCGAGUGCUGGAGAUACGGGAGGAAUUGGCCCGGGCGGAAGCACAUCUGGUCUCGCUGAAGAAGCAGUGGGCCUCCAAGGAGGCGUACCAAAAGAAAUCUGGCGGCCAGCAGGUCGAGCCGGACAGGGACGGUACCCCCUUCGCCGUCGUGGAUGACCCCGUCGCGUCGCGGCGAAGCGUGGAAAUGGACCGCAGAAAGAUGCUGCUCCAGGGCCAGGCCCACGGCACACCGACACAAAACCGGCGCAGGGUGAUGCGUGGGGGGCACACGAGAACGCUGUCUCUCCUCUCGCCCGCGAGCACGAGCGCCGAGUUUUCCGUUCACGAGGAUGCGGGCCCGAGCGACGUGAGGCGUCUGCCGGUACAUCGCCGGCCGGACCAGUUCAGCAAUCCGGCUCUGCUGAAACGGGCAUCGUGGCAGCCACGGUCCGCUCGAAGCUCACCGGCCGUGCCUCAGUUCGUCGAAGACUUUAGGCUAGGACUUCAAGCGUUCGUCGAGGAUAUUCGGCAGAUUACCGUGGGGGAUGAGCCGAUCACGGGACAGCGGGAUCGCAUCGUCGCUGCGUCCGGUCGGAGGCCGUCGGACGAUGGGCGAAUGUCUCGGUCAGGGUCACCGGUGCGACCGAGGGGGAAGCCUACAUCGGAUCCUUGCAGCUUGAUGACGUCGACCCCAACGCCUGCCAGCAGAAACCGAACACGGUCGUUGGAGAAGCUAAGCACGACGAAGAGCAAGCACUAUUCCUUGACGCCGCUGGGCUUCGACUCGCUGGACGACAGCGACUGGGCCAACUGGGACUCGUCAACACCGGCCAAGUCCCCGCGGUGGAGCGGGUCGACGAUGAACAGCGCGGGCCGGGAUGACAUUGGCCCGAUCCUGGAAGUUGGAGAAGAGAACGCGACGCCUGUAAAACUGCCAACGUCGGCAAAGGAGCUCGCGCUGUUGUCUCCGAAAUUGGAGGAGCUGCUUCCCAGCGUGGUGAAUAAGCUGUCGCCGAGCAAUCUGAAGAGAACGGCCAACAACCUGUUGGACGAAUGGGAGAAGUCGCUCACCGCGCCAGGUGAAAGCGACAAGGAGAACAAAGCAUAG